UUAAAAUUAGAACGGAGAAUCGACUGCUGAAGCGCUUUAUUUUUUAGAUUUUUUUUUUGGUUUUGUUUUUAAAGCCUAAUUUACCUUAAAGAAUCUCAAAAGCAGCCUCGAGGGAAAGAUCUGUGAAUUUUUGUAAUGGAAAGCGGUAGCCUCUAGGGCCCAGAGGAUAUGCAGGGAGGCAUUUUCUCCUGCUGGUGCAGCUGAGAGCGAGCGAGAGAGAGCGAGACCUGGAAAUGAAAGUAAAGAGAUCAGGAGGCACAUGGAGGGAGCUGCAGGGGCAGCCGAUCCAGAAGCAGAAUGCUGCCUUCUAUAAUUAAAUAGCACUUACUAUUAUUAUUACUUCUAGUAAUAAUACAUUAAUAAUAUCUCUAGUAAUACAAUACCAUUUAUCAAGGAAAGUUUAUGCCUAGUGUGGGAGGGAAAACCCGAGGAGAGCAACCAUAAUGGAGAGGCAGAAGAGAAAACAAGAAAUAGAGAAAGGACUUCAGUUCAUUCAGUCCACAUUACCCCUAAGCCAAGAAGAUUAUGAGGCCUUUUUGCAGAAGCUGGUGAGAAACUUGUUUGCAGAGGGCAAUGAUUUGUUCCGAGAGAAGGAUUUCAAGCUUUCCCUGGUCCAGUACGUGGAAGGGCUGAAUGUGGCAGAUUAUGCAGCCUCUGAUGAGGUGACCAUCCCAAAGGAACUCCUCUGCAAGCUCCAUGUCAACCGAGCUGCCUGCUACUUUGCCAUGGGGUUGUAUGAGAAGGCGCUGGAAGACAGCGAGAAGGCUUUGAGCCUCGACAAGGAGAACAUCCGAGCGCUAUUCCGGAAAGCCCGUUCCUUAAAUGAACUUGGAAGACACAAAGAAGCGUAUGAGUGCAACAGCCGAUGCUUGCUGUCCCUCCCACAUGAUGAAAGUGUCACACAACUGGGGCAGGAGCUUGCUCAGAAGCUGGGACUGAGGGUUCGAAAAGCAUACAAAAGACCUCAGCAGGAGUUGGAAACAUUCUCACUACUCAGUAAUGGCACUUCAAUCAAUUCAUCAAACCAGGCUACUUCCAAUGGAUUGGGCUCAAUAGAUGACAUUGAAACAGACUGCUCUAUGGACCUGCAGUGCCCCCCAGCUCCUGUGGCCACUUCCAUCCCUGUGAAUGAGGGGCUGGCCCCUUUGCCUCCUGACUCAGAUGCAAAGGGCUUGCCCACCUCGCUUCCUGCUGCCAGCUUGCUCCCGUCUCCAGACUGUGUACCCUUGCCAGUGCCUGAGAACACAGAGGACUUCACAGAUGGGGACAUCAUUGGGGAAGAACUAGACUCCCUCCUGGAUUCACUUGCUGAAGGGACACCAUACCCUCUGUCUCUGGUCCAGGGCACCAUUCCCACCAGCCUACCAACAGAGAUGCCCCAGUUGAUUCCUGUGUUUCCGGGGGGAACUCCGCUGCUGCCUCCAGUUGUGACAGCCAGCAUCCCUGUCUCUACCCCUCUGCCACCUGCCUCCUUUGGCCUGGUGAUGGAUCCCACCAAGCAGCUCUCCUCCUCCUCUGUCCUGGAUGCCUUCGAGGCCCCACCAGGAGGAAGUGGCGGCUCCACUUUAGAUUCGCUGGAUUCCCUGGAUCUGCUUCCAUACACAGAUACAAGGCUUGAUGCCCUGGACUCCUUUGGGACAAGCAGGAGUUCGCUGGAUACCUUGGAUUCCUUUGCCAUUGAAGAAACUAGCUCUCAGGAACUGCGACACCCACCUGGCAGCCAAAAACCAGCCCCAGUGGUGAGUGAGCUACUGCCCCGUGCUGACGUCCCAGGGUGCUCUGGAACCAAGGUCAGCCUUGGUGGAGGGAGUCACCCAGCUGUGCCCAAGGCCACCGAGCACCUGCUGUCCCAGCCAGAACCAGUAAUGCCCAACACAGCUCUGCUGGUGAAGAACCCCCUGGCGUCUACUCAUGUUUUCAAACAAGCCUGUCAUAUCUGCUACCCCAAAACAGGGCCCAAGGCUGGUGAUUACACCUAUCGGGAAGGCUUGGAGCACAAGUGCAAGCGGGACAUCCUGCUGGGCAGGCUGAAGAGCUCUGAAGAUAAGACCUGGAAGAGGAUCCGUCCUCGCCCAACCAAAACCAACUUUGUAGGAUCCUAUUAUCUGUGCAAAGAUAUGCUUAACAAGCAGGACUGUAAGUACGGGGAUAACUGCACCUUCGCGUACCACCAGGAAGAGAUCGACGUGUGGACGGAGGAGAGGAAGGGGACCCUCAACCGUGACCUCCUCUUUGACCCGCUAGGUGGGAUCAAGCAGAGCAGCCUCACAAUUGCCAAGCUCCUCAAGGAACAUCAGGGCAUCUUCACCUUCCUCUGUGAGAUUUGCUUUGACAGCAAACCCCGGAUUAUCAGCAAAGGGACCAAGGACACACCAUCUGUCUGCUCCAACCUUUCUGCAAAACACAUUUUCCAUGACAACAAGUGUCUGGUCCACAUUGUGCGUUCCACCUCCCUGAAAUAUUCCAAGAUCCGUCAGUUCCAGGAGCACUUCCAGUUUGACGUGUGCCGACACGAGGUGCGUUACGGCUGCCUGCGUGAGGACAGCUGCCACUUUGCUCACAGUUUCAUUGAGCUCAAGGUCUGGCUGCUGCAGCAAUAUUCAGGAAUGACCCACGAAGAUAUUGUGCAGGAGUCCAAGAAGUACUGGCAGCAGAUGGAGGCACAUGCCAGCAAACCGGCCAACAGCGUGGCUUCUCCCCGGAAUCCCAUGUCAAGCCCCUUUGACCUCCAGAUGAAAUUUGUGUGUGGCCAGUGCUGGAUGAACGGGCAGCUGGUGGAGCCAGAUAAAGACCUCAAGUACUGUAGUGCCAAAGCCCCCCACUGCUGGACGAAGGAACGCCGUGUCCUACUGGUGAUGUCCAAAGCUAAGAAGAAGUGGGUGUCAGUCCGACCACUGCCUUCCAUCCGGAACUUCCCACAGCAAUAUGAUUUGUGUAUCCAUGCACAGAAUGGCAGGAGAUGCCAGUAUGUGGGCAACUGCUCCUUUGCCCAUAGCCCUGAGGAGAGAGACUUGUGGACCUUCAUGAAGGAAAAUAAAAUACUCGAUAUGCAGCAGACCUAUGACAUGUGGCUAAAGAAACACAAUCCUGGGAAGCCUGGAGAAGGAACACCACUCACCUCGCGAGAAGGGGAGAAACAGAUCCAGAUGCCCACUGACUAUGCGGACAUCAUGAUGGGCUACCACUGCUGGCUCUGUGGGAAAAACAGCAACAGCAAGAAGCAAUGGCAGCAGCACAUCCAGUCGGAGAAGCACAAGGAGAAGGUCUUCACCUCAGACAGUGACUCCAGCUGCUGGAGCUACCGCUUCCCCAUGGGCGAAUUCCGGCUCUGCGAGAGGUUCCAGAAGAACAAGGCCUGUCCUGAGGGAGAGGAGUGUCGCUACGCCCAUGGGCAGGACGAGCUGACCGAGUGGCUGGACCGGAGGGAAGUGCUGAAACAGAAACUGGCCAAAGCUCGCAAGGACAUGCUGCUCUGCCCCAGGGAUGACGACUUCGGGAAAUACAACUUCCUAUUGCGGGAUGAUGUAUAGUGUGAGCCGGGGGGAGUCUGUCAGCUGCAGAAACACGGGGUGGGUUUUCCGAGGGGCAGUAGCAGGGAGAGCGAGAUCUGUGUCUCGCAAUGAGAACCUUUUCUUUUCUUUUGUUUUAAGAUUAUGAGACAAUGAUUUAUUAGUGAAUGGAUUUGUGAAUUUAAUUCUCGUUGGCCAGCGACGCCACGCUCACUGAGUUUGUGAUCCAUCUUUUCUCUCUUCUUUCCCCCAAAUUCCCCUUCCACUUCAUCUUUUUGUUUUCACUGUCCUUCAUUCAAAGGAAUUAAUUCAGUCUGUAUUGGGCUGCAAAUCAGAGAAUUUCUCCUUGUGUCAUUCUUCUGUCUUUCAAUUCAGAGUAUGACUGCAGAAGUCUGGAGGACAAAGCUGAGAGAGGGGGACAGAAAAGUUGUGGAUGCCCCAUCCCUGGAACUGUUCAAGGCCAGGUUGGAUAGAGCUCUGAGCAAUGUGGUCUAGAAGGUGUCCUUCUAAAUGACAGGGGGAUUGAAACUAAAUGAUCUUAAGGUCCCUUCCAGCCCAGACUGUUCUAUGAUUUUAUGAAAUCUGGUUAAAAGGAGGUGACCAGGAUUUCAUAUGUUCCUUUUCUCAGUGCUGCAGACUAAGCGCCACUUACUCUGCUGCAGCCCUUCUGCUCUCCUGGG